AUGGCCAUCGACAGCAUACCAUAUCCUGAUACCGAUCGCCUGGCAUACCCCGAGAAGACCUUCUACCCAGCAAAGAUCCCUGUAUCACACUGGCAAUUACGACACUACAUUUCAUCGCCUGACAAGGACGCCAUCUACUACGCAAGCGGAAACGAAGUCUACUUCCUAAACACCGUCUCUCGAAAACGCAAAUACAUUGCCACCCUGCCCUUCGAGGCACGAUGUACCGCCUCUGGCUUUGGCUGGAUUUGUAUUGGAGGUGAAGAAGAUGGUCAUUUUGCCGCAAUCAAGCUCGAGGGCUCGUCGCCCAUCCGCUCCGUCGACGUGGACGCGCCGCUGCCAUUCGACUAUUGGCAACCACAGAGAGGCUCGCCCAGAGCUGCCAACGUUAAGCUUGAACGAAUAGGCGAAGAGAUUGUCAACUCCAUAUCCAUCCACCAGAUCCACGACGAGGAGAGCCACCUCUACGAUGUCGUCGCCGUGCUGACCAACAAUGACAAGACUGUGCGUGUCUACUCACUGCCUCAGGCUCUGGAGACAGUUGUUUUGGAUCUGCCUUUUCCAAUGAACCAUGCUUCAAUCUCUCCAGAUGGGACUACUCUCGUUGCUGUCGGCGAUUCAAAUCAGGCCUUCUUCUUCACAAGGACUCUAUCACAAUCUCCUCCACAAAUCCCAAAACCUCACAACCGCCUGAACAUGAGCAACGUUACCUGGGAUCUAGCAAACAUUGUCCAUCUUCGCGCAGGUGACCCGACAGCCCAGCCUGGCUACUUUACUACCGCGUGGUCGCCCAACGGUAGCCUUGCAGCUUUGGGCUCGGAAGGCGGAUACAUCACCGUCUUUGAUAUGGUUAUGUUUGCGCAAUGCGCUGCCGAGGAUGCAGAAGACGCUAUUAUCGCAACCAUCCCAUCAACAAGACCCAACAUUGUCGCUGCUCUCCACCCAGGUGCUGUCAGAUCCAUGCUCUUCUCGCCUGAGCCUUGGGAUCUCCUGAUCUGGGCCGAGGACCAAGGUCGAAUUUGCAUUGGCGACCUACGUACGGGGUUGAAGACCAAGCAGGUGAUAGAGCUAAAGCUGGAUGAAGAGGGGUUGAAGAAGAUCGAGCUUGAGGAGAUUGUGGCCGAAGACGCGGUCGAGGGUGAUCGUUUCGACGAUCUGCAGCAGGAAAUCUUGAACCGCUACCGCGAGGCACGAGAUCCUGCUGAACAGGGCAACUUUGCUACCGAAUUUCUCCAAGCCAGGGAACGUGAACGAUACCAAAGCCUGGAUCGUGCUCGUGCGAUGUUUCCGACCUCGCGUGAUACAACAGCCACACCUACAGACGACCCUCGAGGUCUCACAGCUCAGGAACAACAGAUUCUUGAAGCACUUCGUACGACUAGACAACGCGAAGAAGCUCGUACGCAGGGCAGCGUUCCUCGCUCAAUCAACUACACUAGUGCCAGCCUUUUCAGUGGCCACACCGACAGUCGCUCUUCGGCAAUCUCUCGAUCUACCGAAACACCUCGCCCAUUCAGCGAUGUUCUAGUCAACCACAACGACCCCUAUGCAGCUUUCCCGGAACUAUCACGAACAUCACAGCGCGACUCGACAGAGACCCGCGAGAGACAGCGCACUAUACUCGACAACACAUUGCCACCUCUUCAUUCGAUACAAGAAUACCUACUGCUUCGUGAUAGAGAGCGCGAGACUGCUUCUGGAACCAACACCGAUCGCGGAACUGCCAUUCGUCGUUCUGGCGCAGGAGGAGUUCCCACUCUGACGAGCACAGCUGCGACCAUACCGCCACAUGCAACGAGAGCCGCAACAACCAGCACCGAUACUGACGAGGACAAUCCAUGGCGUACGAUCUCCAACGCAAUGAGUCUAGCACGGGGACCUCUUUUUGAAUCAUCACGAUCAAUAGACGCCAGUACUCGACAGUCACGCGAGCGAGAGGCUAUGGUGCGUACGGACCAAUUUCGCCGAAUGGCUUCGCAGCGCGAGCGCCUUCGCGGGCUCAGACGUGAGUUUGAAAGUGGAACAGAUGCAGCACAGAGCUUGUAUGACACACUUACCUCGCUCCGAGGCUUCACAUCAACUCGUCCUACAGCUUUCCAUGAUGGCUACGAGAUGCUGCUGCGCAGAUCAGGUCGUGAAGCUACCAUAGGAGUUAGAACGGCAGGCCUAGCCAUCAGCCACGACGGUCGGAGACUGUGGGCUGCGUGUGAGGAAGGCAUAUUCGAGAUUGACCUACAGGUCAAGCUGAGAAUGAUGUUUCCUGCAGUGGAAAUGAAAUAA